CCCAGCUGGAUCAGGAGUAAUGUGAGGGAAGGAAAACCAAGACCAAAACCAAAAAAGAGAAGGGAUGAAAGAUAAGAGUGGAAGACGAAGGGGGGAAGACGAGAAUGGAAGGAAUGAGUAUUUGUAUAGCUGCAGCAUCUUCCGGUGGGGGCCUUCCCUGGGCCGGGGGCCUUAGGCGACCGCCUCAGUCGCCUAAGGCUCGAGCCGGCACUGGCCCAACCUGGCCUGAGGUUGCAAGGGUACUUGCAUGCCUCUUCGAGAAGGAUGUCGAGUUCCAGCUCAUUCGUCCCAACAACUACAAGGGCCUGAAAAGGAUGCCUAGCCUCAAGGGCCCACGAUUCAAAUUUCGUCAGGGCGGGGAAGAAGGGAAGAUGACCCUCGUCGACUCGAGGAAGAUAUGCCGACGCAUUACGGAGAAGUAUGUGGACGAAGGGAACAAGGACCUUCUGGGGACCGGCACGCUCGAAAGGGCAUCGAUCGAGCGAUGGCUGCAGACCGAGGCUCGGCGCUUCGACCCCCCAAGCUCUGCUCUGGUGCUCCACCUGGCAUUUGCGCCCCUCAUGGAGCUGGAGCAGGACAAGGAGGAGAUCGAGCAGAACAAACAGAAGCUGAACGAGGUGCUCGACACGUACGAGAAGAGGCUGCAGGAGACGAAGUUCCUGGCGGGGGACAAGUUCACGCUUGCUGACCUCUCGCACCUGCCCAACGCCCAGUUUUUGGCGUCGAACGACGAGUGCCGCUCGUUGAUCAGGUCGAGGAAGAUGGUGAGCGGGUGGUGGGAUCAGAUAUCGCUCCGCCCCUCAUGGCAGAGGGUCGUGGAGAUGCAGCAGGAGAUCCGGGUUAUCUGAGGAUUCGACCAUACUCUGCUUUCUUGCUUUCUUUCAGGGUGUUUGAAUCAGGUAUCUUUAACUCCUUGUGUGUGUGUGUCAUGUCCCCGAUCCGAACUCUGCUUUCUUUCUUGCUUUCUUUCUUGCCUUCUUUCAGAGUGUUUGAAAUCAGGUGUCUUUAACUCCUUUUGUGUGUGUCACGUCCCCAACCUGACUGAAGUCGAGGAACGCGAUAAUCCCACGUUGGAUAGGGACCUACGAGCAGUGCAAGAUGACAAGCAGGAUAAUAAACAUAAAUUUUUAUUUUUUUUGAAAUUUUCAAGACUGGGUAAUUCGAAUUUCAGAGCAUUUUUCAAGAAGCUAAAUUUAUAGGGUAAAGCUGAUGGGUUGCAGAAAUUAAAUUCAAGAAGUUAUCGAGUCUUCUGCAUUUUCCUCUACCUUUGUUUCUUAAUAUUGCAGUGUAUCAUCUAGCCCACCAUGUCGGAUUGUUCAACAACUAAGAUUUCCAUGGAGCAACUUUCAUGUACUUAAAAGGGACUCCUUUUGUCCAGCAAGCAGCUUAAACAACCCAAUUACUGGCAGGAUACAAAUAACAUAAGGCAUAACAAUUUUUGCCUCCCUAACCGAUGAUACUUUCGGUAACUCAUCAUAUUUACCUUUUUGUGUAGAUGGCUUUUAUCGUCUGCAAAUGUAUCGAUUUGUGUACAGCUUAUGCUCAACACCUUUCUUUUUCUUUCCCCGGCGGCCUCAUUCUGCCUGUCCCUAGUACUGUGUAUCCAUAGCUAACCAAUUCACCAAAAUUAGACUGCU